GGGCCGCCCCCCCUCCCUGCGCCGGCGCAUGCGCGUCGCCCCCCCUCGGCCGCGGGGAGGGGGAUGCGGACGGGGGAAGAUGGCGGCCUCGAACAACCCGCGGAAAUUCAGCGAGAAGAUCGCGCUGCACAACCAGAAGCAGGCGGAGGAGACGGCGGCCUUCGAGGAGGUCAUGAAGGACCUGAGCCUGACCCGCGCGCACCGGCUACAGCUGCAGAAAACCCAAUAUUUGCAACUGGGGCAGAGUCGUGGCCAGUACUACGGGGGGUCACUGCCAAAUGUGAAUCAGAUUGGGAACAGUGCCAUGGAUCUCCCCUUCCAGACCCCGUUCCAGUCGUCGGCGCUGGACACGAGCAGGACCACGCGGCACCACGGGCUGGUGGACAGAGUGUACCGGGACCGGAACCGCCUGGGCUCGCCCCACCGCCGCCCGCUCUCCGUGGACAAACACGGCCGGCAGGUGGACAGCUGCCCCUAUGGCACCGUGUACCUGUCGCCGCCGUCGGACACGAGCUGGAGAAGGACAAAUUCUGAUUCUGCCUUGCACCAGAGCACCAUGACUCCAGCUCAGCAGGAAUCCUUUUCAGGAGGGUCACAGGACAUGCAGCAGAAAAGAGUUUUAUUGCUGACUGUCCCUGGAAUGGAAGAAACCACCUCUGAUGCAGACAAAACCCUCUCUAAGCAAGGCUGGGACACUAAAAAGACUGGGUCAUCGAGACCUAAAUCCUGUGAAGUUCCAGGAAUCAACAUCUUCCCAUCAGCUGACCAGGAGAACACUACAGCCCUGAUUCCUGCCACGCACAACACGGGCGGCUCCCUGCCAGACCUGACCAACAUCCACUUCCCAUCCCCUCUGCCCACGCCUCUGGAUCCCGAGGAAUCCACAUUCCCAGCCCUGAGCAGCUCCAACAGCACCGGGAACCUCGCUGCCAACCUGACCCACCUGGGCAUCAGCACUGCCAGCCAGGCAGGGAUGACGACGACGCCGGCCCCGUCCCAGCACCGCCAGCCCAGUGUCAGCCCCCUGUCCUUGGGCGCGGACUCACGGCGACCUCAGUCCCAGCAAAUGUCCCCCACGCUGUCCCCACUCUCACCCAUCACUCAGGCCGUGGCUAUGGAUGCAUUGUCCCUGGAGCAGCAGCUCCCCCCGUACCCCUUUUUCACCCAGCCCAGCUCCCAGCAGCAGCAGCAGGCGCCGGUGGCCAGCUCCCUGCCCCAGACCCCCCCUCUGCUGCAGAGCUCGGGGCUGCAGAGGGGCCCCCAGCUGCCCCCUCUGUCCGUCACGGUACCUUCCACCAUCCCCCAGUCACCUCCAGGGAGCCAGAGCCAGCCCUCCAUGGGAAUCGACAUCAACUCGGCCUCACUCCAGCAGUACCGCAGUAAUGCUGGCUCCCCAGCCAACCAGUCUCCCACCUCUCCUGUCUCCAAUCAAGGCUUCUCUCCUGGCAGCUCCCCUCAACAUUCUUCCAUGCUGGGCAGUGUUUUUGGGGACUCCUAUUAUGAGCAGCAGAUGACAGCUAGGCAGGCUAAUGCCCUCUCCCACCAGCUGGAGCAGUUCAACAUGAUCGAGAACGCCAUCAGCUCCAACAGCCUCUACAGCCCCUGCUCCACCCUCAACUACUCCCAGGCUGCCAUGAUGGGACUGACGGGCAGCCACGGCAGCCUGCCGGACACGCAGCAGCUCAACUACUCCAGCCACGGCAACAUCCCCAACAUCAUCCUGACAGUGACAGGAGAAUCCCCCCCCAGCUUAUCAAAAGAACUGACCAGCUCCUUGGCAGGAGUGGGGGACGUCAGCUUCGACACGGAUUCCCAGUUCCCUCUGGAUGAACUCAAAAUUGACCCUUUGACCUUGGAUGGACUGCACAUGCUCAACGACCCCGACAUGGUCCUCACCGACCCCGCCACAGAGGACACGUUCCGGAUGGACCGGCUGUGAUCCGCCGGGAUCUCCCGCGGGAUCCAUCCCGGAGGGUCCAUCCCAGAGGGUCCAUCCCGUCCCGGAGGAUCCGUCCCAUCGCGGAGGAUCCGUCCCGGAGGGAGCAGCUGCUCCGUGUCCCCCUGUACAAUGAGUAACCACAGCUUGUUGUUCUGAGCUUGCCGCGCUGCCGAGCCCCCGUCCCCGUGGCGCCCAGCGAUGUCACCCCCCCGAGCCGCUCGUUGCCGUCCAGCAGUAAGGAGUUGUCCGGUUUUUCCCGGUUUUCCAUCGGCCUUUUCCUCUGCAGAGCCCCCCUUUCCCCCAGCAGAGCUCCAGCAGGGCCCUGCCCGUGUCCCUGCGCUAGAGAAGGGCUGCGGGGUGAGGAGGGAAGGGCAGGAGAUGCCGGCAAACACCGAAAUCCGGCGCCGGAGGGGCCCGGCCCCCUCCUCUCUCCCGGAUUGGGAAGUGAAUCCCUGCAUUGCCAUCUUUCCCUGGAAUUGUGACUCUGCUUUGUGACACUGUCAUCCCUCCAGGUGCCGUGCUUGUCCCCAGGUGUGUCCCCAACCUCUUGUCCCUCCCUCCUGCCCCAGCCAUCCCGGCAAAGCGGAGCCGCCGCCGGCCACCAAUCCCAAAAAUCCACUUUAAACACUAUUUUUUUCCAAGCUUUUUAUUAUUUUUUUUGUUGUUUUGUUUUGUUUGUUUUUUUAAAUAUAUAUGUAAUAUAUAUCUAUUUCUAUAUAUGGCUACAUAUA